AUGGCUUCUCAGGUUGUCAGCUUCAAACGCCCCGGGUCUGUCGUGACGACCCAAACAUGGACGGUCAACAUCGCCGGGGCACCCGUCUCUCUUCCCAUAGUGACCAUCAAAGAAGAUCUUGCCAUUUCGCUUAUGAUGAUCAUCGACAUGGGCGUGUCCUUCGGCGUGCGAUGCGGAUCUGCCAUCGCCGCCGCAGUAUCUGAUCUACGGCCGGACGUUGUCGUCGGAGCCGCCACCCUCGGCAUACCCGUCGCCAUUGAGGUGUCGCGUGCAUUGGGACUGGACCGCUAUGUCAUCCUGCAGAAGUCUCCAAAGAUUCACCUGCGUGAUGCAAUGGUGCAAGAGAUUCAGUCUAUCACAUCUUCAGGGUCGCAGCGACUCCUGCUAGAUGUAGAUGCCAUCCCUCUCAUAGCGGGACGGAGGGUGCUCGUCGUGGACGACGUAGUGGCGUCAGGUUCGAGCCUCAAAGGGGCUUUGGAGCUGGUGAGGCGUGCUGGAGGCUCUGUUGUUGGAAUUGGUGUGAUUCUGACAGAGGCGAGGGAGUGGGAGUCAACGCUUGGUGAAGAUGCAAAACUGAUCAAGGGUUUGGCGCAUAUUCCUCAGUUCCGACUUGAAGGUGGAGAGUGGAAGCCUAUUGAGAGCACAUUUUGA